AUGACUACAUCAGCCAGCCACAUUGCUCGCUCUCCAGCGACGGCUGUUUCCGCCGCAAUCAAUGAUGGAAAAAUGCAUCUGCUGCUGGCCGCAAGUGGUUCUGUGGCUACCAUCAAACUACCCUUAAUUAUUUCCGCGUUUAAAAACCACCAAAACCUCUCAAUCCGAGUCAUUAUCACUAAAUCGGCAACCAACUUUCUUGCCGGCCAGUCUCCGGAGCAGCCUGCGGUUUCCACCUUGACGUCGCUUGCCAACGUGGAUGGUGUGUAUCUCGACAAAGACGAAUGGAUCGAGCCUUGGACAAGGAACUCGAGUAUAUUACACAUAGAACUUCGCCGUUGGGCACACCUCCUUGCGAUUGUCCCAAUGUCCGCAAAUCUUUUGGCCAAGAUUACGGGCGGGCUGUGUGAUGACCUGCUAAGCUGUGUCAUUCGCGCGUGGGACACAAAACGUACGAUUCUUGCGGCCCCUGCGAUGAACCAGUUGAUGUGGGAACACCCCAUCACAGCAAAGCAAUUGGCGAUACUUGAAGAUUGGAACUGGGUUGAGAUACUGUCGCCACAGGUAAAAGCAUUGGCAUGUGGUGACGUUGGACAGGGAGGGAUGUGUGAUUGGAAACAUAUAGUCGAGGUGAUUGAGCAAAGACUAGCAGAAAUUUAG